AUGAUGCAGAUAGCUGAGUCCUACAACCAGAAGAACUCGCUCUUCAACGCCAUGAACCGCUUCAUCGGCGCCGUCAACAACAUGGACCAGACAGUGAUGGUGCCGAGCCUGCUGCGGGACGUCCCGCUGGACGACAACGAGGACAUGAAGACGCAGAGGACCGCCACCAACGGCGGCGCCUACAUCCCCCAGGACGGCAACAUGUACAGCUCGUAUGUGCUGCUCAAGUCCAUCCGCAACGACAUCGAGUGGGGCGUCCUGCAGGCGGACGAGCGCAGGAAGGAGAAAUUGGGCGCGGCCGAGGUGUCGCAGGAAGACGACCUGGAGAAACAGUUUCACUUCCACCUGAACGGACUCCACACAGUUCUGUCCAAACUGACACGCAAAGCCAACACGCUGACAACCCGCUACAAGGAGGAGAUCGGCUGCAGGAACUGA